UUGCAUUAAUAAUUGACCUAACAGUCGUCCUCCAAACGAGCAUCACAAUGACAAAAAAUGAUGGAGAUGUCUGCUUCAUAUUGUUGAUAUUAAUUAGAUAAAUCGAUUAAUCGACCGACAAGUCUUCAGGUAUCGCGUAUUCAGCAUCAUGCUGGCCAGGAAGGGUCUCCUCCCAGACGGGUUCCUGCUCACCCGCCUGGCUGAGGACCAGAACCAGCCUAACCGCAGCCGUUCCAGGACUCAGAGGGCCCGCUUUAUCACCAAGGCGGGCUCGUGCAAUGUGGCCCACAAGAACAUCAUGGAGCAGGGUCGCUUCCUACAGGACGUCUUCACCACCAUGGUGGAUCUCAAGUGGCAGCACUCCUUCCUCAUCUUCACCUCGGUCUUCCUCUGCUCCUGGAUGCUCUUCGCCAUGGUGUGGUGGCUCCUGGCUUUCGCACACGGAGACCUGCAGCAUCCCUUGCACCCUGACGGAGAACUGGCUCCUGUUCCCUGCGUCACCGCCAUCAACUCGUUCACCUCGGCGUUCCUCUUCUCCAUCGAGGUCCAGGUGACCAUCGGUUUUGGCGGCAGAAUGGUGACGGAAGAGUGUCCCUUUGCCAUCAUCGUCCUAAUCAUCCAAAACAUCCUGGGCCUGAUCAUCAACGCCGUCAUGCUGGGCUGCGUCUUCAUGAAGACGGCGCAGGCCAACCGCAGGGCGGAGACGCUCAUCUUCUCCAGGAACGCUGUCAUCGCCCCGCGAAACGGUCGGCCCACGUUCAUGUUCCGAGUAGGCGACUUGAGAAAAAGCAUGAUCAUCUCGGCCACCGUCCAGCUGCAGGUGAAAGCGACAGCUACGCGCCGCUCGCCGCGGGAGGUCUUGUACCUGACGCCGUGUGUUUCCGCUGUUUUGUUCGUCCAGGUCAUCAGGCGGACGGUGACGGCAGAGGGCGAGGUGAUCCCGGUGAGCCAGCUGGACAUCCAAGUGGAGAACCCGCUUAGGAGCAACGGCGUCUUCCUGGUGUCUCCGCUCAUCAUCAGCCACACGUUAGAAAGAGGAAGCCCUCUCUACGAGCUGUCGGCCCAGUCGCUGACCUCAGCCGACCUCGAAGUCGUCGUUAUCCUUGAAGGUGUGGUGGAGACGACGGGCAUCACCAUGCAGGCUCGGACCUCGUACAUCCCCGAGGAGAUCCUGUGGGGGAGGCGCUUUGUGUCCAUCGUAAGCGAGGAGGACGGCCGCUACUGCGUCGACUACUCCAAGUUCGGCAACACGGUCCGGGUGCGGAUGCCGUCCCUCAGCGCCAAAGAGCUAGACCAGACGCGGGGGGUCCAGGAGGGUGCGCCCGAAGUGCAGCUGCAGGGCUGGGGGCUGGUCCGGGCCGGGCGGGGCGGCUUCCGCAGGGGGGGACGGGCCUGCGACAGUGCCGCCUCGCAGCCAUGGUACGCCCCGGCCGAGGAGGAGGCGGAGCAAGGAGGGCAGAAAAAGACAGUGCAGCUAGAAGUAAUCGGACGCCAGACGGAGGGGUGACGCGCAAUAAAAUGUGACGCUCAGGACGGGAACGUAAAAGGACAACAACAACAACAACAAUGGCUUUCUUUUGUUUAUUCGGGGUUACGCGGCGUCUUCA